UUAAGUAUGUUUGCACCCACAAUAAAUUGCAAAGAAUUUAUUCCGGUUCCUUCAGCUCCCAUGAUUUGUCAAACUCAUUUACAGCCAAUGAUUUGGUCGCUUCCUAAAUUUUCGGGAUGCCCAAAAAUAGAUCUAGACACAAGCAAAGCACCUACGAAACAGAAGCGAAUCAUUUAUGUCUCAAACCCAUUAGAGUAUUCAACCAAAGCCUGGGCGUGUAGAAAAGUGAAUAAAAUUGUACAAAAAUACACUAGUUUAACGGGGGUCCCGGUAACCCAAAAUCUAAAUUCGGAAAUUAUUGCAAUAAGGCCUGAAGAAUGCCGACAAAUGGCAUACAAUAAAAGAUGCGAUUUGGGGAACCUCCAAAAUGAAACAGGGUUAUGGCACACUAAUAGGAAAAUAGACUUAACUCCACGGCCAUGGCUCUUAGGUUCCUUUUCUUGGAAAAAAGAACAAAUUGAAAAUUGUUAUGCGUAUGAAACCGAGGUGUACUCACACUUCGGGGCGAAAACAAUUAUAACUCCUGCGGGAGCCACUCAUGAUUGUCACUAUAGCAAAGGUUUCUGUACUCUAAAUGACAACACAGUUGUUGUUUGGGAACCUGAAUUAAAUAAAAUGUGCAGAUACAAAAUGAUAGGAGCAAUGCUAGGACAUAACUUAGGAAAUAUUUGGGUCUCCAAUUUAGGCGAAAUUGGACUGAGCUCUCACUUGGAAAGAAAGGUAUAUGACUGCGGGAAAAAUCUUACGGUCUCGGACCAGGGACCGGCAUACGUGAUUACUUUUGAGAAAAGAAAUAAAAGGGACCUAUUUAAUGUAAUAUAUGAAGGAGCUGUCAGUUCCUCUCAGCUCGCGGCUCAACUCACAUAUCUUCAAGCAAACCUGACUAAUUCAGUAAAUACUGCCUUUGCCCAAGCGUUCCACACAUUUUGUGAUUUCCUUAAGGACACACAAAGGUGGAUAGAAGCCUCCUACCUAAGUAACCCAACAAACCUUGCGAGGUUCAUUCACCAGAACAAUUUUAUAAUAGCAAAGAAAGCUGGGGUUUCACUUUUAAAGACUUGGCCAUGCGUGCCAUUAAGCCACUCUGAAUACCAAUUUCAUCCAACGCGUAUAAAUAAUACAUGUUUCGAAUUUUUACCAGUAAUAUUAAACACAGAUAACAAAGAACAAUUAGCCUUUCUUGAUCCAUCCACUUUAACAAUUUCCUUACACUCUAAAUUAGCACCUUGCGAGGAAUAUCAAAAAAUUCUUAUCCAAACCUCUGAAAAUAUCUUUGAGGUGGAUCAACUUAAAGGGGGGAUACAAAGUGUUCACAUUAAUAAAUUAAAUGAAGCAGAGCUUGAUUUAGGAAUGAAAUCAUUUAUUCCAAAACUAGCUCCUCAUGCAUUUCAUCACUUGGUUCUUUUAAAUUUAACUGACUUAGCAACUCAUACCUUUGCAACAAACUUAGUGCAAAUAAGUCAAUUGACCUACAAAAUAGACAAAAAUGAGGCAUCUGAAACAAAAACCACAUUAUCUGAUGAAUGGUCUGCAAUAGAAAAUGCAAUUAUUGAAAAGGCUGUUGGAAAUUAUUCGACUCUUUGGCGAAAUGCGGUAACAAUAUGUCUAAUCAUUUGCCUUGGGGACCUAGUAGCUCGACUCAUAUUUGCUUACAUGGGAGUAAGACUUCAAGGACCCAUAAUGGCUAUAGGCAGACCCCUAAUCAACGGCAUAACCAAACGGUUUGGUUCCAAAAGAACACGAUCACCAAUGAAAACGGGGAGCACGACUGAGCUACAGGACCUAACUAAAACGGAAUCAAGUAGCCCUGAACAAAGUACAUCCUGUGGAAUUAGAGAAAGAUUGAUUGACGAGCUUACUCAAUCUUUUUCCAAUCAAGAAUCUGAAAUAAACUCUGAGGAGUCCACAAAAAUUCAAAUAAUUAAAGGGAAUGAAUUCCUAGACUGGCUUAAUGAAUUUCUCUCAAACCCAAUAAGCAAAAAGCCAUCUUAUAAAUUGCCUCAAAACUCCGGGGAUUUAACACACUUUUUAGAUAAAGCCACACAUUUUGGAAAAGAAAUCCCAAAUUUCAAUACGAUCAUAGACCCAAUUAACAAAACAUCCGGGGACGAAACCAUCAAGUGGAAUAAGGAACAAAUUUCCAUUUAUAAAGCCAUUUUGACUCAAAUGAACGUACUAGCUCGAGGUAAUGCCAACUCCCCAACCCAUAGGCAACUGAGAAAGACUAUCUCCUCUACGGUGCUUACUAUUGCGGUCAUUCUCAUUCUAGUUCCAAAUGCAGCUGCGGCGCCAAUCAGAACUGAACCAAUUCAAACCUCUCAGGACUCACUCCUACUUUCAGUGUUUGUAGUCUCUAUAAUAAUUGCAUUAGUUAUCCAUUUUACAACCUUAUUUUAUACGCAAUCUCAACCCACUACACCGAUCACGGCAAUAAUAAAAAUAGAAAUAAAUGACAUAUCUGUAAAAGCACUUGCCGACACUGGAGCUACAAUAUCGAUUGCCCCUAUUUCUCUAUCUCACAAAUUAAAUACUAACCCACGAACAUCCAACAUUGAAGCACUAAGUGUUUCAGCUCAUGUUAUGAAAAUACUAGCAACAGCCACAGUAUAUUUCAAAAUCGGGAAAAUCACCCUGAGGGGUCCACUUCAUUUUGUAUCGGAUGACCAAGCAAAAGCUCUUAAUGGUCGGAAAUGA